ACCAUGUUUGCUGUGGCAGGAGAUCCUUAAACGCAUGGUCCAGAACUUGCUUUAAAUAGAAGGAUCUAGUACAACAAAAACAUUGUUACAUUCUAGACCUGUUUGUCAUGCUAGAAUUGUUGUUUUCAUUAUUCUUUGAAUGGGAUGAAGUUUUGUGUUGCUUUUCUAUGUUCCACAGCUUCUGUUGAUUGAUUAGGUUUAACUAAUCUCAGCGUCAAGAUUUCUGUUCAAGGAUGAGUACUUGUGGUGAUAGCUGGGAUGAUGAAUAUUCUGUCAUUGGAGACAAAGGUGAAGUUGGGUUUAUUGAUUAUGAGGAUGAUAAGUCUGUGUGCAGCUACAAUCCAAUUGAAGAGGGUCCUGUUUCUGUUUCUGUACCAUUCCCUUUUGUUAAUGGGAAGCCUCAAUCCAUAUUUGUUGGAGAAACUGUGGCCGAUUCGAUUACUCUGAAAAACUCCACUGAUGAACCAUUGGAUUUGUGGACUAAAAUUUAUGCUUCAACUCCUGAGAAUUCUUUCACUCUUUCUUUGAUCAGACCUCCAUCAAAAAAUUCUCAAGGAAAUAUGAGCCAAGGUUUCAUUGAAUCCUUUACCUUAGAGGACAGAAUGCUUCAGCCAGGGGACAGUCUCACUAUUUGGUUGUCUUGCAAGCCUCAGACAAUCGGAUUGCACACUACUAUAGUACAUUUUGAUGUGGGGGAUGAUAGGGUUGAAAGAGUUGUUUUUCUCUUGGCUGAUGAUAAGAUCUCACAAUCUUUGGCUCCUCAAAGGGCAUAUUCAAGAGGAAUGAAGAAGAAGAAGAAGCAAUUCGUUGCUGAUAAAUUUGUUGCAGGAUCUCGCCCAGCUCAGGGAAGGAGUCAAGCAUUCAAAAACAGGCUUCCUCGAUAUGACAUUCCAAAAGAUAUUAGGGAAUUGGUUGAGAGCAAGCAGAUUCCUGACGAAGUUACCAGAGGUUUAACUAGGGGUAAUUAUGCAUCUUUCUUCAAAACUUUAUUGAUCAUGGAAGAGAUACAACUAGAGGAAGACAUGAGAGCUUAUGACAUGGAGAAUGUUAAAAUGAAGAGGAAAGGACAGAAUUUAUCUCUUCAGGUCCCUGGGCUAGCUGAAAGAAGGCCUUCACUUGUCCAUGGAGAUUACAUUUUUGCUAAGCUUGCAUUUGACGAUGCAAGUGAAACAACUCCACCUUACCAGGGUUAUAUUCACCGUGUGGAAGCUGAUGAAGUGUAUUUGAUGUUUGCUGCGGAGUUUCAUUUGCGCCACAGAGAUGAAAAUCUUUAUAAUGUACAGUUUACAUAUAAUCGAAUCAAUAUGAGAAGGCAAUAUCAGGCAGUUGAAGCAGCAGAGAAGUUGGCACUGGAUUUUCUUUUCCCAUCUGAGUGCCCUGAAAAUAGGGUGAUUGAAACCACUCCUCUGGUGCCGAUAUCUAGCACACUCAAUGAGGAACAGAUGUGUUCCAUUGAGAUGAUCCUUGGCUGUAAAGGAGGACCCCCUUAUGUGAUCUAUGGGCCCCCAGGUACUGGAAAGACCAUGACACUGGUGGAAGCAAUUCUCCAACUCUACACAACUAAAGAACGCCAUCGGAUUCUUGUGUGUGCACCUUCAAAUAGUGCAGCAGAUAAUAUUCUAGAAAAACUCCUAAAUGAGAAGGCUGUGCAACUUAAAGAGAAUGAAAUAUUCAGGCUGAAUGCAGCAACUCGUUCAUAUGAGGAAAUAAAUCCUGAUUACAUCCGCUUUUGCUUCUUUGAUGAGUUCGUCUUCAAAUGUCCCCCACUUAAUGCUCUCUCUUGCUAUAAGAUCAUCAUAUCAACUUACAUGAGUGUGUCUCUUCUUUUUGCUGAAGGUGUCAAGCGUGGCCACUUCUCUCAUAUCUUUUUAGACGAGGCCGGUCAGGCCUCAGAACCAGAGAACUUAAUCUCCAUAGCAAACCUUUGUAAAAGGGACACUGUUGUUGUACUUGCUGGAGAUCCAAUGCAAUUAGGUCCAGUGAUAUACUCCAAAGAAGCAAAGAGUUGUGGACUGGGGAAAUCAUAUUUGGAAAGGCUAUUUGAGUUUGAAUCUUAUUUCAAUGGGGAUGAAAAUUAUGUAACAAAACUGGUUAGAAACUACCGGUGUCACCCAGAGAUUCUCUAUCUCCCUUCAACCCUUUUCUACAGGGGGGAACUGAUCCCUUGUAAAGAGCAGACAGAUUCCUUUCUCAAUUCAGUGAACUUCCUGCCUAAUAAGCAGUUUCCUGUUUUAUUCUUUGGCAUUCAAGGUUGUGAUGAGAGGGAAGGAAAUAAUCCAUCAUGGUUCAAUCGGAUAGAAGCAAGUAAGGUGAUAGAGUUCACAAGGAGUUUGCUAGCAAGUGGAAAUCUGAGUGAGGAAGAAAUAGGGAUUAUAACACCAUACAGGCAACAAGUACUCAAGCUAAAGCAAGCCUUUGAAAAUCUUGAUAUGUUCGAUAUCAAGGUUGGCAGCGUUGAACAAUUUCAAGGACAAGAAAGGAAAGUUAUAAUCAUUUCCACAGUCCGAUCAACAAUCAAGCAUAAUGAGUUUGACAAUAACCACUGUUUGGGAUUUUUGAGCAAUGAAAGGAGGUUUAAUGUUUCCAUCACGCGUGCAAUAUCUUUGCUUGUUAUUGUUGGGAAUCCACACAUACUUGCUAAGGACUAUUACUGGAGCAAGCUUAUAUGGCAUUGUUCAAAGAACAACUCUUAUCAGGGCUGUGAUCUCCCUCCAAGACAGGAGUUUGACGAUAGUUUUCCAGAGCAUGAAGAUUAUGUGAACCCUGAAGAAAACAUCCCUCAAUAUACUGCUGAUGCUGAAUGGGGUGAAGAUUCAUUUCCCAGUGAAAUACGUGACCCCAUUACAACAAAGGAUGAGUGGUCUGAUGGGUGGCAGUGAAGCCCCCCACCCCCCUCCUUCCUUUUGCUCUAGUAUUUCGGUGUGUAAAGAAAAGGCAAAAGACAAACUUCUAUUGUUGAUGCUUUAUUUCUAUCCAACUGAAGCCUGUGAUGUGAAUGAUUCAAAUUUACCAAAUACAAAUCGUUUGUUCAACCAUUA